CAGUGCGGUGCUUCUCUAUUGUUAAAUACAAUAAACCUUAGAGAAAAACUGCAUUUCUCCAUCCCCAAUCUUUUUCCUUUUCAAUAAACCCCAACAAACCAAAAUGGCCCGCCAAAUUGUUGUUCUUGCUUUGGCCAUCAUGGCCCUUUUUGCCUUGGUUUCCACCGCUGCGGCGGCCCCCGCCCCCGCACCCGGUGGCAGCCCUUCAGGUUCACCUGGAGAUGCUAGCUCCCCUCUUCCUCAGGCAAGCGCUCCUAGUCCUAGCAGUGGUGCCGCACUUGAGGUCUCGGCUAUUGCCGCAGGAGCAGCCGCCGUUGCUAGCUACUUUAUGUUCUAAAUACAAUUUAUCUCAAGGGUGUCUAGCAGCGGCUUUUCUAGGUUUGAUAUCAUCACGAAAGCUGCCUUAUUAAUUAUUUUGUAAUUUGCUAAUUUGUUUUAUGAAUAAAGAAUUGGAACGGAUGGAUGCAUCUUUAAAAUGAA